UCAGUACUCAGUUGUCGUUGAACGGGUCGCGAGUACUUGGCUCUCUAAGUUCAAAUUGUUGGUUUGUUCGCAUCGGUUUCGAUUUUAAACCGUCUAAAAUUGUUAGCAUAUGUGCAUAUAUAUGAACAGCAAUGUCGCGAUUGCCAAGUUCCACAUAUAAUUCCGUAUGUCUUCUGUUGUUUCUACACUUCGUGUGGCUGUUGUUGCUGACGACGACGCCUGGAGCAACCGCAAAGCCAACCAGCAGCAGCCUGCCAGCUGAUAUAACCGCUUCCACAGCCACCACUGACAAGUCUACACAUAUUGUGAGCUUUGUGAAUCUAAAGAAAGCAAAUAGGUCACGACUGGAGUUCGAUUUUGAACGCAACGAGGCAGAGGCUACAAAUUCGGUGCAUGUGCAACAAUUGUUUAGCAGCUUGUUGCAGUUGCAAGGAUCCGGCAACAAUAGCCUGGACACGGACGAUGCACCAGUUAGUGAACGCAAUACUUUAGAUGAUGAGCUCAGUUUGGAUGAGACAGUCAGUGAGCAGCAUGAAAGCUCAACGGAAACUCCGGAUGCUUGGCAUCGCAUCAAACUGGCUAUUCCCGUACUAGAGCCGGUUAAGCAUUUGCUGAAUGCUGUGGGCGGUGGUGGUGUCAAUGAUACGCACGUGCGCACCAACUCCCAUCGAUUGAUUGGCCACCACGGAGUGCAUCAUUCACCGCAUUCAAAUCAUCCCAGCGGCAACGAAUCCUCAGCCAUUGAGACGGAGGAGGAUCGUGAAACAGCCAUUGAGAGCACUGGUUUCAAUCUCCUUGAAGGAUUAGGUAUGGCAGGCACUCUGCUCUUGAGCGUGCUGCAGAAUCUACGGCAAGUGUUUGUGGCCAGUGCAGGAAAUGCAAGCACCGCCUUCUCCGGCGGUGGCGGCGGGGGGGAUGAUGCUGCAAGUAGCAAUUAAGUCUAUCUUCCUCGAGUGGGACUGGUCUUGUGUUCUGUGAUUAAUACCUGGGCUUCUAAUGUGCUUUAUAAUACUAAUAAAAUAUACGACUUUAAUUAAAUUA